UUCUUGUUUCACGUAGCAUUGGGAAAGUAGUAUUCACCAGUUGAGAAGUACGUACUAAGUUUCGCUCAAGCUUUUUUUUCCAUUUUUUUCCCCCCUUUAUUGCUCUCGGUCCUAGACACGAGUAAAAUUUUGUGCGUUGCAUGCAGAAAAUGUUUCUACGUAUCAAGUGAAAUGUAAGCUGGACAGAUGCUAGUUGCAAGAUGGUAUACUAGUAUUGAGUUGGCAACCGCAAUAACUUUUCAAGUGAAAACCUUGCAGCAAAGUUGCACAAUACUGAACGAUCGAAAGUAGGUUACAGUUUGAUACUGAAUGGAUAAUCUUUAGAUUCUUGAUUCUCUUGCCAUUGUUGCACAGAUCAAAACCAAGAAUUAAGUGUAUCAGAGUGUAGUAAAGUCUCUAAGCUCGGCACCGAGUACGUAGCCUUGCCUAGAGCUUCGUCACACUUAUGUGUGUCACACUGCAACCAUUGUUCGUUCAGAUUCCCCGUUCUUCGAAAACUACCAAUUAUGCUAGACGAAAUUUCGGCGGCGGUGCUCUUUUUAGUCCGCCUGAUAGAGAAAAGCGAAAACUUUAACCAAGAACAACUGCAAGACUUCAAAACACGUUUGUCAGAACUCUUAGUUGAAAGGUUCAAGAAUCACUGGUUUCCAGAAACCCCAUUCAGAGGACAGGGUUACCGCUGCAUAAGAGUUAACGAACGAGAUCGCCGCGAUGCUACUUUGGAAAGAGCUGCAAUUGCCUGUGGACUGAAAUAUGAAGACCUGAAACUGCCUGUUGAGUUAACACUUUGGGUAGACCCAAAUGAAGUGUGUUGCAGAUUUGGUGAACAUCGUGGUUCCUAUUGUACCUUGGCAUCAUUCAAUGGAAAAGAGAAUCUGGUAAACAUGGAACUGUUGGAGAAGAUGGGAACAGUUGAAAAUGAAUCAAGAAAAGAGGUGAUUCCAUUUGCAGUAAGAGAGAAAUCAGCGGUGCCCCCAACCACAAUUUCUGUGUCUCUCUCUGUUCCACCCCCACCUUCCCCCACACUCCCCCUUUCACCUGCUUUACCAAUUCGUAGACCACGUAGUAGGGGGAGUGGUAAUAUAGUGAGUCGACACCUACCUAAGGCUCCUGGGGUUGGAUUCCAUGCAGCACCUCCUACCUUGCAAAACUGGUACUCUCUUAUGCCACCCACAGUACCCAUUCCUCCACCUCACCAUCCUCACCAGCACCCACAUACUCGCAACAAGAACCUGACAAAUAGAGCACACCAUGGACGAUGGAGUGGUACUACGCACUCUCACUCGCUUUACAACUGGCAGUCACAUAAACCAGCACUCAAGGUCUAGAGGCCAUCCUACAAGCUCAACAAGCAUCCAGACUUUAUUUUUAUCAAAUUACAUUAUGAUUCAAAGAAUAUAUUGAUAUGUAAGUUCGAAUGUUUUAUUCUGUGUGUCAGACUGUCGUGUAUAUUUUAUGUGCAAAGUAUAAAAUUCUUACUUCAAUGUACGCAGUACAUUUAAAACACUAAUACUUACAUGGGUUUUAAGUAAGCUUUUCAUUUCUUAAUUUCUGUUGUAAAAAGUCACAUUAAAAUUGUUAUAUAAAUAAAUAUUUUAUCAAGAAUUUUUCAGAGCAUAAUUUGAAUAAAAUUUGAAAAAUUCCACCUAGAAUAUUUGGUGCUGACUAACGCCAUUGCACAAAUUUUGUCACAAUUUUUUCCAUGUAAUUCUGCUGUUAGAAGCACAAUUCAUUUAAAUGGCAACCUGUUUACACUGUUUCAUAAAUUUAUUUGUAACCUCAUUGUGUCAUACUGCAUUAGAUCUUCAGACGCCAUUCUGAUAUCAGACAUGCAUGACUGUUCAUUGUAUACUGUUAAAUGUUUAGGUAAUAUGACAUUCCUACUAUUAGUGUUGUCUAUCUAUUAAUAUUUCUCUUACCUGAACAAUUCCUGUUCAAUUACUCAGUUAGUGUACCACGUGGAAAUAAAACAAUAUCAAUGUGUUACCAGUCAAAGAAGAAAUGUGUUUUUUGCAGUAUACAGUAUUGUAAACUUGUCUCGUUCAAUGGACUGGAUGUAUUUUUAAAAAGUGUAUGUGAACUGUGUGUACAGGAAGCCUCCAUUGCAUGCAUUUUUUGUGUUAUCUGAAAGUGUUGCCUAAAGUUACUUCGUAAAUCUAUACCAUUUGAAACAAAUGGCCUGCAGGUACACGGUUAAAAACGAAUUUGUAUCAAUGCAAAGCUAUUUUCAUGAGUAGUUGAUUAAUUGGAAAUAUUAUGGUUAUUAUUCUUUUAAGGCUUAAUACUUUAAAUUUUUGCUGCUGUGGAUAAUUGUUUGGCCACAUUUGUGAUAAUUGGUGCCGCCCUAAAUAAGUGCCAAAUUGGCAUGACUUUGCAUUGAAUGGUUGUGUGUGACACUGCUGUCUGUGGUUUCAAAAACUUAAGUGUUUGUCCUGAGACAGUCUGUUCAUAUGAUAACUGAAAGGCAUCCAGUUUUAUUACAUUUCAGUAUUGUGAUAGCAUUGCUUUCUUUACAGUAUUGAUGGUGAUCGGCUAUAGUAGGAAAAUUAAAUUCUCAAAUAUUUUGUAGAAAAUAUAUUGAGAAUUAUGUCUUUCAGUAUUUGAGUGAAUCAUCUCAGUUCUCAGUAACUGGACUGUCAUUUAUUUCUUAUCAUUAUAAAUGAAUACUGAUUGUUGUACUUGCAUGGUUUAAUAGGUAGUUUGUGGUCUGAGCAAACACUGAGUGAUCUGACCUGAAACACUGCCAUCCACAGUGAACUCAGAAUAGUUUUCAUUUAAACAAAUAUGAAAUAAAUAUUUUGGGCAACAUGAAAUUUUAAUCAAAGAAAUGAAUAGACAUAUUUGCAACAAAAUUGUUGGUAAAUGUUCGUUUGUGUAUUGCAAAUGACAUUUUGCCAUUACUCUUAGACAGAACAAGAUUUCCCAGUAGCAGUUGUGAUCAGCUUUGUAUUCUUAUUCUUGAUUUCUGUGUAUGCAGUUCCCUAAAUAAUACAUUAUUGAUGUCAUUUGGUGUGGGUGUAAAUCUCGUGCUUAGCAUUUUGGUGCUUUAUUUCACAAUGCAGAAUUAUUGUGCAUAAUGGAUGUUUGACAAUAACAUAUUCUUCUAAAAUGAGCAAAUAAAAUACUUCCAUUUUCGCAUCUUUUAAGUAGUGAUGUUUUCCCAUUAAAGUUUAAUCAUUAUACCAAAUGACUGGCUGUAAUACCAAUGCCUCAUCUCCCAUUGCAAUUUCAGUACUACAAAAGAUAAAGUUUUGAUAUAUCUUCCGUCUUACAGUUUUUCACACAUGCUACUACUGCGUAGUGGACAUGACAGAAAUUUCUGUUAAUACUUGGUUUACUUGGCCUCGUGUAACAUUCACUUAGUGUUUCUUGACAAUGUAUAUAGUAUGAACAUGAUUAUGAUAUUGAUCAGACUCUGUACCUGAGCUGUAAAAAUUAAAAAGCUAAAAUUAUCAAUUUUAAUUCCCUAAUGGGUGUAGUGUAUAAGAAUAGUAAAACUGUGUGGUAUUUUUUACGUUGAAUAAGUCGAAAAUACUUCACAUCAUAUAGGUGUGCAUGUUCAUCAUCAAUCCUCAGGUACGGAACAUUGCACUGAAUGACUUACAUGAUGUGAAGUAUUUGAUACAGAGUAAAAUACUAAUUAAAAGAUCUCUCUUUCUCUGAGUAUGUGAUAAUAUUUAGUUCUGUUUAAAAGCAGUGCAUAAAUCAUUGGUAAAAAAUGGAAGUGUAUUUUGCAAAUUCCACAUUCCAUUGUUAAAUAUUUCUCUUGUUAAGUACAGAAAUAUGUGUGAGAAGAAACAGUAAUUAUUUAGUAAUAAUUUACUAUAUGGAAUGUGAGUGGCAUUAAUGUUAAUUGUCUAAUACUGCAUGUUGUUGUAAAUUUACCCUUUUUAUCUUCUGUGCAUCAUUUUUAGAUGCAUUUUAAGCAUGUUUCAGCACCCAAUACUUUCAUUACUAAAGCUGUGGUUCUAUGCUAUAAUCUGUACUGGAUCUGAUAGCAGAUUUGUAAAUCAUUGUAAUUUUUAAAAGUUGCAAUAUAAACUUUCUGUUCAGUGUAAGAGUAAAUUAGAAAUUUGCUGUUCUUGUAUUUUGUCAGCACUGUGUGUAGUUAAAGUGGCUUCACGUUUCACAUAUUUCCAUGUUGCACAUUUCAUUAUAUUUGAAAACUCACUUGUCUUCAUUAAAUUUCUUGCACUGUGGAAUUUUUUUCUUCAAUGAUAAUUUUUGUUGUUGUUGCAUACUUUCAUCUGUUUACAUAGAAUCAAAAGAAGAAAGUUCAUUAUCUAUCUUAUGUUCCUAUAUUUCAUUUUAAAAUUGUAUAUCAGAAUAAUUAGAUACAUUAGUGCAGACCUUGAUGUUUCAUAAUUGUUUUGUACUUUUCAGAAGUUCGUACAAUGUAUGAGAUUGUAUAUUAAGAGUUACAGCAACAUAGAUAGUUUUGCAUCGGAACAGUGUGUUUUUUUUGAUACUCCCAUAUUAAUUUAAAUGAUCCCAUCAUUUUGUCUCAGUUGCAUGUUCAACAUUAUGCUCUGUGAAUAAUACAUACACUGUAAAGAUUUGGAUAUGUGAAAUCCCUGACUGUCACUGACAUUGUAAAAGGACCCCACCAUAACAGUGGCCAUUAAAGCAGGUUUUAAUGCGUAUUCCUGGGUUUGAUAAAAACACACAACAGAAAUUCAAAAU